AUUUAUCUAGAGUGGGUCCGUGGCUCAUCAGGUCAGGAAUAGCUAAAAAAAAAAAGGCUUUCCGUUCCGAAUGCGGUCUGUUAUUUUAACACAACUAUAUAGAUUUUUCGAAUAUUUUCGAAUUAUAAAGUACUUUUGUCUGUAAAGUCACAGCCUUUCCGUUUGCAUUUGUGUUUGUAAAAAUUACUUCAAAAUAUAGUUCAGUAUGUUUCUCCAUUUCACUUAAUUUAAAAUAAAAUAAGAAAUUGUGGCCUUCUAUCGUAGGGUAAACACGAUUUGGCGCUACACUCUUAAAUGUGUUAGUAAUGGUUAUUUGAGUGAGGCCAUACAGUAGAACAACCCUAUUUUUUUUUUUUUUUUUGAUAAUGACUGCUAUGCAGAACCAUUAAAUUGGUAAAGAACUUUUAUAUCAAUUAAAAUGUUUUACAGUCAUACAUCCACAUUUUUACACAUAUACUAUAGUUUUGAACAAAACUAUACUCUAGGGCCUUUAAUUUUAAAGCGUUGUGCUGCGUAUCUGUUCAUAGAGUCUUUUUGGAACCUAGUGUUGUCCUUAUGAGACAUCCUUUUAUAGAUUUUAAAAGCAUAAAAAGAUAAAGUCCACGGCACAUAGGAUCUUAAACAUAAGAGCAGGUAAAAAAAUAAAUAAAUCAGUACUCAUAACUUAUUGGCAUGAACAUUAGUAACGAUAUCAUAGUGAAAUACUAAUCAAUGAAAUAAGCACUACCAUGAAACAAAAAAACAAGCUGUUAUAAAGAAAAAAGAAAAAAGGAAAAUAAAAUAUAUCACGUUUUCUGAUUCAGGAUUUUAAAAUGUUUUCUGACAAAAUAUUUUACUCAAUAGUUAGAGAAGGUUAGUCUACAGUUUCAGUUUUUUUUAUUUAUUACUCCGUUAUGGCUUACAAAACGUGACAUUGCAUAUGUGUAAAAUACAUUUUUGAAACCGAGAAAAUUAGAUUUAGGCAAUAUUUGGUGUUUACACGCUUUUGCAAAGGUCUUAUUAGAACAAUGCUUUUCUCUGAAGCACAAAGCCAAUAGGAACGAUUGUCGGGCUGUGAAUAUAACCAAAGCUCUGUAAGCUAUUGUUUUUGAACGCAUUAUCACAUCUUUUGUAUCGGUUUUUCAAACAAAAUGUAAUACAAAUGAAACUGUUAUCUUAUUAUUCAAUAUGUUUAGAUGUGGUAUGUAAAAUUACUUAAAAUAAGGACGUGAGCAUUUGUGAAUGUGGCAUUCUUUAUUUUAAACUUAUAAUAAAAUAAUUAAAAGUACUAGGCUUACGUGAAGUGAAAUAACCAGUGAUGCGAUAAAACAGUGUUCAGCACGUAUAUGUCUGUGUAUUUGAGUUUUUGAGAGUCUGUUAGAAAUAGAAUGUGAUGGAAUUUUAGAAGGUGAUGUGUGGAUUAACUUGAACGUUGAUUGCUAACCAGUGUUCUGGCUGCUUUAUUGUUUCUAUGCAUAAUGUUUGAUACAGAACCCAUUUUUUUGAACUGGGGUUCUUCAGAAGCCCCUUUCCCCUGUGUAAGCAGACUCAGAUAUGAUCUACAAUAUCUCUUUAUUGGUUUAAAUGGCUUUUGGGGUUUUCUUUUAAAAGCAAAGGACAAUGUGGUAAUUGUUUCCAAUAUAUAUAUUCUGAUUUAAGAAGAAAAGCAGAUGCAUGGUCAGCCGGUCGAAUUUUCCUUGUGCCCAUGUCUGGCCUGCCAUUGGUGCUUGUUUACACGGCGCUCACAAGAGACUCUCAUUGGUCCGUUUCCUCACGUGACAAACCAACUUUGUACAUUUGACAGGGGGAGUAGGUGGGUUUUGGAGAGAUCAGGAAAACGACAGCGCGAUAAAAAUUAGAAUUGUUGCACUUCACAAAUUAAUCACCAUGAGUUCCUACUUGAUCAAUUCGAAUUACAUCGAACCCUCUUUCCCACCCUGCGAGGAAUACCAGCAGAACGGCUACAUCCCCGUCUCUUCUGACUACUACGAGCGACCGAAAGACUCGGGUUUCCCCCAUCACGAGGAGGCAACGUAUCCGCGGUCCAACUACCAGGAGCCGGGCUAUGAUUACGGCAACGUCUCAACCAACGGUCUCGUCGAUUUUAACGACCGGCACCACAUCCAACCCCCGUCGGUUCCCCCAAACCACGGGCCCCACCUCAGCACGGAGAGCUGCGCUGGAACGACGGCAAGCAAGGAUUGCAGCCUCGCCACUGAGGCUCUGCCUACCCCUCCGAAGGGGAAGGAGCCAGUGGUCUACCCCUGGAUGAAGAAGGUCCACGUUAAUACGGUGACCGCUAACUACUCCGGAGGAGUGCCCAAGAGGUCUCGCACCGCCUACACCCGCCAGCAAGCUCUUGAGCUUGAGAAGGAGUUUCACUUUAACCGGUACCUGACCCGGCGUCGGCGAGUGGAGAUAGCACACACCAUGUGCCUGUCGGAGCGACAGGUGAAGAUAUGGUUUCAGAACCGUCGCAUGAAAUGGAAGAAGGACCACAAGUUGCCCAACACAAAGGUCCGCUCAGCGAGCUCCUCGACCCCCAGCCACCAAGUCAAAACGGACGCGAGCCUCCAGCAGCAGCAGCAGCAGACGCUGCUUCCCACGCCAUGCUCCUCGAGCCUAUAGUGAUGGAAGAACGUCAAAUGAAGCAGAACUGAGCAAGGCAGAAGAAAACAACAGUAUUUGGAUCGGAGCUUCACAGGGUUACUCUCUAUUCAGAUUUGAAUGGGGUCUAUCCUUUUAUUUCAUUCUCGUCUCGCCUACCCUUACACAUCAUCCACCUCUCCAACCUCAGUUGGAAAACCUUCUUUUUCACAGAACACAGAUACACUUGAAGUAUACGAAGUAUGGGUGCUUGCUAUUGAUAUAAAACCAUGCUAAGCCCUCGCGGGCUGUUGUGGGGAGUAAGCAUGGAGCAUUUCGGUCGGAGUCCUGUUCAUGGAGAUGGGUCGAGUGAGACAUGAUGUACAAAUCUCAUGAAGGCACAAAUGUAGGAACAAUCGCGUCCUAAAGGGGAAACCCUGAUAUUUUUUUGUUUGUCUUAGUCCCAAGUAUUUGAAUGUGUGGUGUGUGACGUCAUCCAAGCUGUGAAUAAUCGUGUAUUUAGUUAUCUGUAUAUUGGUGGAUAAUGUCAUGCUGUUUUAGUAUAUGCAAGUUAAUUGUAUUCGUGGAAAUAAUAAAUGAGUUUAUUGUGA